UUAUAUUCAGUUGACUAUCCUCAAAGACAUCUCUUUCUUGAAAUCUGUUCCAUCAAAAUACCAAUUAAUCUCGAUUACUGAAAUGCUUUAAAUGUUCAUCGGUCCUUCAGAGACAGAAUGGGAAUGCACGUCCUCGAAAUGCUACCGCUUUGAUGCAAGGUGGCUGAUGUGGCAUCACGCUCACAACAUCUGCCCGACCCUUGGACCGAUAACCACGGCUGCAGGAGACAGGACACCAUCCCUCCUAUUUGCAGAUACCGAAGAAGCGUCCCGGCUCGCCUUAAUACUCAAGCACGGAAAUAAUCUACGUGAUUCAUGGAUUAACUGUAAUGAAAUGGAAACCAAAGGGCUGUUCAUGUGCGACGUGGAUGGCAACGGAGCUGUGCAGAUUAACUCAACCAGUUGGUCAAGCGGUCACCCAACCGGCUACGGAAAUGAAAAAUGUGUAGCACUUUCCUAUCGUUACAAAUGGCGUGAUUUGCCCUGUCAUUAUGCUCGAAGCUCCGUCUGUCAGAUCGUUUUAUAAAAGACCGUGGGUAUUUUCCGGUCGCGAGGAAUAUUCAGGCAAAUAAUACACUGAUUGAACCAGACUGGAAAACAAAUAUGUGGAAAGGCGUGUAAAGUAUACAAACAUCAAAUUUGUAUCACAUAUUUUGUUUAUCUUUAUUUGUAUUCCUUUUUUUCUCUCGAAUUUAUCGGCAUCAUUAUCAUUGUUCUUGCAUUAAAAUAAAGUUGAGUUCUG